GCGCCUCGGGCGCACUUCUGGUCGCUGGGCUGCCGCGCUGGCUGGAGUCUCCGAGUUCCGCCGUCUGCCAGCCGGGGCAGCGCUCCCUCUUCGCUUCCCCUGAGGCCCUUCCCCCAAGAGCCGCGGUCGGGCAGCGCCUGGCCGGCGGCCCGCGGGCGGGCCGCCCCUCCCCGCUGUAGCCCACCCGCCUCUUAAAGCGGCGGCGGGAAGAUGAGGUUUCGGGAGCCGCUCCUGGGCGGCAGCGCAGCGAUGCCGGGCGCGUCCCUGCAGCGGGCCUGUCGCCUGCUCGUGGCCGUCUGCGCGCUGCAUCUCGGCGGCACCCUCGUCUACUACCUGGCCGGCCGCGACUUGAGCCGCCUGCCUCAGCUGGUCGGAGUUCCUACACCGCUGCAGGGCGGCUCGAACGGUGCCGCGGCGAUCGCGCAGCCCUCCGGGGAGCUCCGACCCGGAGGGGCCCCGCCGUUGCCGCCUUCGGACGCUUCCUCCGAGCUGCGCUCCGGUCGCGGCUCCAGCCCAAGCACGGACUCUCAUCCCGGCCCCGGCUCGGCGAGCAACUUGACUUCGGCCCCGGUGCCCUUCACCUCAGCGCUGUCGCUGCUCGCAUGCCCUGAGGAGUCCCCACUGCUCGUCGGCCCCAUGGUGAUCGAGUUUAACAUGCCUGUGGACCUGAAGCUUGUGGAGAAACAGAACCCAGAGGUGAAGGUGGGCGGCCGCUAUACCCCCAAGAACUGCAUCUCUCCCCACAAGGUGGCCAUCGUUAUUCCGUUCCGUAACCGGCAGGAACACCUCAAGUACUGGCUGUAUUACUUGCACCCAAUCCUACAGCGUCAGCAGUUAGACUACGGCAUCUAUGUUAUCAACCAGGCUGGAGAAACCAUGUUCAACCGUGCUAAGCUCCUCAACAUUGGCUUUCAAGAGGCCCUGAAGGAUUAUGACUACAACUGCUUUGUGUUUAGUGACGUGGACCUCAUUCCAAUGAACGACCACAAUGCCUACAGGUGUUUCCCACAGCCACGGCACAUUUCUGUAGCCAUGGAUAAGUUUGGAUUUAGCCUACCUUAUGUUCAGUAUUUUGGAGGUGUCUCUGCUCUAAGUAAACAACAGUUUCUCACCAUCAAUGGAUUUCCUAAUAACUAUUGGGGCUGGGGAGGUGAAGAUGAUGACAUUUUUAACAGAUUAGUUUUUCGAGGUAUGUCUGUAUCUCGCCCCAAUGCUGUGGUUGGCAAAUGUCGGAUGAUCCGCCACUCAAGAGACAAGAAAAAUGAACCCAAUCCUCAGAGGUUUGACCGAAUUGCACAUACAAAGGAGACCAUGCUUUCAGAUGGUUUGAACACACUCACUUACAAGGUGUUGGACAUAGAGAGAAAUCCGUUGUAUACCAAAAUCACAGUGGACAUCGGGACACCAAGCUAGCGUUUCGGUACACUAAUAAGAGACCUGAAAAUGGUCAGGGACCUUUGCUGUGCGUCUCUGCCAAUCUGCUGGGCUGGUCCCUUUCAUUCUUAACAAUCAGAGUGAUAGGCCCCCUUCAUUCAUCAUUCAGAUGCCUUUCCAGAUGACCAGGAUGAGUGGGAUAUUUUGCCCCCAACUUGGCUCAGCAUGUGACUUCUUAGCUCUACAAGGUGUUUGUAAAUGUAGAAAACAUCAGCCUUUGGGGGAUUCUUGGUAUGUUCACAGUGUCACCCCAAAGAAUCAGUACGCAGCCUGAAAUUUGGUGACUGUGGGACUCAUUCCCAGUGAUAUAAACUGCUAAUUUGUUGUAAAGUAGGUAAGAAUUUCGCUUUAAAUUGUGGUAUUCUUAUUACUUUUUGAAAAAUCGGAGAGUGCUGCUGAAAUCGGAUUGGAGUGAUGUUUUUUGUUUGCAUAUUUUAACAGAAGAACACAAUCUCAACCAUUCUCCUUUUACCCCGUCCCCCACCUUCUUUUAGUAGUAUGCAACUACUACAAUCACUUGUGUGUGUGUGGGUGUAUGUAUGUGUGUGUGUGUGUGUGUCUGUCUGUCUGUCUUUUCUUAGCAAGGAGAUUUUUAAAACUUGAGCCUCAGACCUUUUGCCCUGCUAAUGUGUGAAUUCCAAGGCAACAUUAGUCACCAGAGCAAAAGCCUUGGGUGUUCUCACAUUCAGUGGCCUUUCUCCAGAUUGUCUGAUUUCUGAAUGUAAAGACUUUUUUUUUUUUUUUUAAAAAGCAGUUUGUAGUAUUUUAAAGAAAGAACAAAUCAGGUUCUAAUUAUGAUCUAGCUUGAUUUUGUGUGGAUCCAGAUUUGCAUAGCUAUUUAGUGUUAAAUCAUGGCAAUUUAUUUUUCUGAGCAUGCUAUAUAAACUUGAAUUUCCUAUGUAUUUUUAUUGUGGUGUUUUAAAUGUAGGGAGGGGAUUGAGCAUUUUUUAGGGGGGAAAAAUAGUGUAUGCUAUACUGGCCAUGAAUCAACCUCUGAUUUAGUCGGCAGGCCAGGUUUUGUGAAGAGUAGAAUCACCUUUGGGCCCAUUGAGUGUAAGGCCUCCCUGGUCAAGUUAUCCUGCUAGACCUCUGAGGGAGGCAAAAGCCUAGGCCUGCUAGGCAGAGCUCCCCACCUCCCUCACCUCCCCAGGUGGGAGGGAACCUCCACCCCUCUUCUAGCCUACCCUGGGACCUUCCCAUAGGGCCCUAUGCUAUGGAGGUGUAAAUGACAGCAAUCUGCAAUCCGGUUGUUGUUUACUGACCCAGAAUCUGGGGAGGAGGAGGAAAUCACUGUUCUGGCCCCCGUGGAGUGUGGGGGCCGCUUCCUUCUCCGCGCUGGCCACACUGCCUGGCCUACCUUUCGGGGACCUGUUCUUCCUCCACCUUCCUCCUCUCUGUUGCCUCUCUCCUUCCUUCCUCCCCGUUUUUGUUCCUUUGCCUCUUGCCUGUUCCCUAAAACUUGCCUGUGGCACUCAGGGUCAAACAGACUAUUCAUUCUCCAGCAUGAAUGUGCCUUCUAAUUAGAGAUCUAGAAAGAAGUUGAGCUGCACCCUCCAACACUCCCCCGCAACUACUCUGGUGCCUAAAGCCUCCCAUCCCCCUCAGGUUUUUAGCAGGUGCUCCCACUCCAGGGAGGCUGAUCCCCAGGGGUGUUGUCUCCAAACCCAUCUCUGCUGGGAGAGGUUUAGCCUCCCUGGGAUGAGCUGCACAAGGCAGUUGCUACCGGUGGGCGCCCCUGCUGGGUCCAGCCUGGCUGGGCUGAGCACCGAAGAUUCAGCUGUUUAAUCCCAGGGUUGACCCCUCAGCUGGUGGUAGCCUGGAGCCCCACCCCUGUCUUCUUGGGAACCAGCCCUUAGUGUGGAGGCUGAGCUGGUGCCCAGCCCCAGACUUACCUGUGCCUUUAUUGCUUUGAGCAUCUUGGAUGCUAACAUGGUUCUUUUCCCAGAAGCCUUCUUUAUUGGUUAAAAAUUAUUUUCCACUGCAGAAGCAGCAGGGCCAUACAGAGAGUAUUCUUUCUUUCAGUUCCCCGUUCCUUAACAGCAAUGUCAGUGGAACCAAGAAUGACCGCACUGAGAGGAAGUUUCGGGAAAUGUGAAAAAUGAAGGCCUCUCUUUCUGUCCCUAGAUCCUGACUUUUCCAAAGUGCCUUAAAAGAAAGGAGACAAAUACCCUGGGUGGUCAUUUCUUUUUACUUACUUUACUCUUAAAGAAAAUUCUGACUUUGUUUGUUUGUUUUCCUGUUACAUUUUCCUUUAUGUUCCAUUGGAAUAGUCAAGUAUGUGGUUCGUUCUCAGAACCAAGGGAAAUCCUGCUUCACUUGUUCCCCAUAUGCUGACCUUCUGGUGCUCUCAUGGGGCCCACUUGGGCCCAAGGUUAGGUCCGGAUGCUUGCCUGGUUCCUAAGAUGCUGCAGGUCCUGUUUCCUCCCUGAGAAGUUCAGGGCCGAGGGUUCAGGGAGCAUUUCCUUCCCCGGAAGCUGUCACCGUGAAGUUGUGUGCUGCAUCUUUCUCUGUUUCUCUCCAUCCCAUUGCUGGUGACCCUGUCAAGUGGCCUUUGGGAAAGAUGAGAGGGCAGGGGUGGCCUAAGAGGGUAAAGGAAAUGCUGGUGCUGGCUCUGGGUCUGGGCAGGGUCUCUGCUGACCUCACAGCUGGGCAUGGGCUGCCCGACUCGACCAGGAUGGCAGCUUUCCUAUGGGUGAGACCUGUUGUGUAUUUCAAUUUCCCAUGUAUGCAAAUGUAUGGAUUUACCAUUGUAAGUGGGCUGGGGAGGGGGGGAAGGUGUGUGUCUGACCUUGGUUUUCAAAACAACUGUAUUUUUGUCUUUAAAAUCCAGUAAUAUAACGUGAAUAAAUGACCUUAUCUUUGUAA